AUGUCUGGAGAGUGUAGUGAGCUUGGUCGGGAGGAGAAGCACAGUGCUGAUCGCAGACUUCCUGUUCUACAAAUGGCUUCGGCUCCUAACCCUGCUCUCAUGAUCAUCGGCUGUGCCUUCAUCGACAAGACGGGGAGGAAGAAGCUUCUUGCGAUCGGCUUGCUCGAGGUGACCGUUUCCCUCGGAUUCUCAGCAGCUGUUUUCCAUGCCUGUCCCGCUCUCAGCUCAGCCCAUGAUCCUGGUUCGUGUGACUGCACCAAGUGCUCGAAAGCCUCGUUGCCUGACUGCAGCUUCCGUUCUUCGCCGACCAGCAAGCUCUUUCCAGGGCCAUGUUGGGUCUCAAAUGACACUACCAAGGAGCCAUGCUGCGGUGGAGACCGGCAGUGGGACGCGAUGUGCUGCCUGAGCGGAUACGGCUGGCUUGCGCUCAUCGGACUAGCCGUGCACAUCGCGUCCAGUGGAGGUGAUUGA